AUGGUAAAUACAUAUUUUUGGAGAUUAUGGUUCAAAUGGAUUGACACAGGUGAUAGACUUGAAAUCAAGAAUGAUAGGAUAGCGUGGAUUAAAUUUGUUGGCCUCCCUCCCCACCUUUGGGAUGAAGGAAAUUCUGGCGCUAUUACCUUGAAACUUGGGGUAAUAUCCAACUCGAUGGAAUUAAGCAUGGAUAGGGUGGACGUAUCUCAUAUGAAGAUGUGUAUCCUAACGACGACACUGGGUAUAAUUAAUGAAGAAGUCACAGUUGUUGUAGAUAAUCGGGUAUUCGAAGUUGGGGUGUAUGAGGUUGAUAAUGGUUGGAGGCCAUUCUCGUGUUCAGAUGACAGUAUGUUAGAAUCUGAUGAUGAAGACGAUGAGAACGCCAUGGUGUUUGAUACUGAUGGAGGGUUCGAGGACGGUGAGAUUGGGCCAGAAAUUAACACUGAACAGAUCCCUGAAUCAGAGACCAGAAGAAAUUUCCCGCUCAACGACAUUGAAGAAGCUCCGGCAAGUAGGGCAACAGUCUCCCCAGGGAAGUUGGAAAACCAACAUGCAGGGUCAUCCAAGAAUGAUGAAGACCAACAGUCACAAAUUAAAUUAAACAGUAAUGAGUCUCCUAGGAAUCUGAAUGACAGGAUAGAGGUCAACGAUGUGGAUGAUGAUGGGGGCUGUGUGACCCCACAAUUAUCGUUUAGGAAUAUCCGUGAAUUACUUCCUAGGGGAGUGUUUGGUCCUUCCCGGAACAAUGGACGCGGAGAAUGUGUUGAGUCCAAUAGAACUUUGGACUUGGAAAUGGACCCUAACGGUCAAUCUCGGAGUCCUUAUGCUCCAUUUCAAGCCAACCUUCCUCACUGGAUUUUAACCGAGCACCGCAUGGUUCUUCGAAUCCCCCCUCCUUCAGAAAUUGACCCCCAGACCAUCCUUCCGAUCACAGAACUGGAAAAAAAACAACUGAGAUUAAGACAGAAGAACAAUGUGGCGCUUAUAUGUAUCCAAGAGACUCAACUACAGAAUGGGGUUGAUGAAUCACUUAUAACAAAUGGAUGGGUAGACGAUAAUUUUGGUUUUGAAUGUAUUGAAGCAAGUCGCAAGUCCGGAGGCAUCCUCACUAUAUGGGAUAGGUCCUAUGUUUCUGUCUCCGAAUCAAUCAAAGAUAGAUUCUUCUUAGCUCGUUAUGGAACUUGCAGUGGCUCUGGAAUAAACUUUGCAAUUGUCAAUGUAUAUGCCCCUCAGUCAAUAGCAGAAAGACAAGGCUAUGGAUGA